ACAUGAUCAUCUGCCGCCCUCAUGAAGAGAGGCAAAAAAGAAAUGUGUUUUUAAUCACGAAACGACCGAUGCGAAUACACCUUUCGAGAAACUCGAAUUUCUCACCGUGAACAAGGGAAAGCAUCCUUCGAUAGUUCAACUGUCUCUCCCCCCAGGCUACGACGCUCGAAAAACGGCAAGCAAAGUUUUGUGAAAGGGUAAAAUCGAUAAACGAUAGGAAUACGAACUGAGAAAAAACAAUCAUAAGAUUCUAUUGCAAGAUACAACGGCAUAUUUCAUCAGCUGAACGAAGUAGUCGACGAUUGGUCGGUACAAGACCUCAUCCAGACAGACAGAAAAGAAAUUUGAGCAUCGACAUAUAAAGUUGACGGCACAAUAAAUCAAAGAUUUCCAUGAGAGAUUGAACUAUUUAGGUCCUACUUUUCCCGGGCAUUAGAUGCGACAAAACCAUUGGUUUAAUGUUCGAAAAAGAAAAUACAUAACGAUUGCGUCUCGCAUUUAAGGUCAUGCUAAGUCCUGGCUAUGUAAAAUUUGAAAUGGUAAUAUGGUUAAUUAUUUGUAUUCUGGGCACCAUCGGUAAUGUGUUGGUCGUGUUGGUCGUAUAUUGCCAGCGUAAGAUGAAAACUGUAACAAAUCAGUUGAUAGUAAAUCUUGCGUUUGCUGAUCUCGCUGUCUUGUUAUUAAACAUUCCUGCGGACGUAGCAGUUACUUUGAACAACGGGAGUUGGCUAUAUGGAAAAUUCAUGUGUCAUGUACUGCGACCAAUUCAGACGAUGGCAACGACAGCAUCGGUUUGGUCUUUAGUAACGAUAAGUAUAAGCAGAUAUGUGGCCAUAGUACAUCCUUUGAAACCACAACUACGAAAAACACAUGCCAGAUGGACGAUUGUACCCGUAUGGGGAGUGAGCUUCGUCCUGGUCUCGCCAUAUAUGGCAUCGUUGAAGAUGAAAGACGACAGAUGCGUCGACGAUUUUGAUGCCGCUGGAAUGAGCUCGAAGUAUUAUACAUUGGGAUUGUUUAUAACACAAUAUGUUAUACCGCUGGCAAUUAUGGCUUUCUCGUAUAUGAAAGUUGCCCAAGAAUUAACCACAAGCACCAGUCAAGAUGAGAGAACAAGAACUUACUACAAAGAAACAAGAAAGGUCCUGAAGAUGCUUGUAGUUGUUAUGAUAGUGUUUGCCAUCCUUGUCCUUCCAGUACAUAUCGUAUACAUAUGGCUAGAUUUCUUUAAUGGAAAAGAAAACAAAUAUUUUGAAGAGAUCUACUCGAUGGCGACUAUCAUGGUUUAUAUGAACAGCUUUGCUAAUCCUAUCAUUUAUAAUGUUUGCCAUGAAGAAUUCAGAAAGUCAUUUCGCAGUUACUGUGGCAUGUUGAUAAAGCCCUGUGCUCAUCUGAUGUAUGCGGGGCAAAUGCAAUGGAACAUGCAGGAGUUCAAUACAACAUUACAGCAAACUCGCUCUUCUCGAAAAAGCUCUGCUUCAAGAGAGCUCAAUGUCAGUGCCAGAGUUUGCAGAAAAGAUUUAGACAACAACUUGUGCGAUUUGAAAGAAACAGAAAAUGACAAAAUGGGAGCUCGUAGUAAAAUAAAAAAACAGCCAGACCACCCUCCUGACACCGGGGGGAGAUACGAAAGUUUAAUCCAAAACGUUACACUGUUAUGACAAACAACAAAAUAGCAUUUGCUCGAAAGUCAAACACUUCAGAUUAAAAUCACAAAAUAUGUCAAGUACUUCCUUUGUAAAAAAAAACAAGAAAGAAUUUCACUUACAA